AUACAAACUGAACAAUUGUGGCCCCUCUAUUUUAUUUAUAAAGGUUCAGUGUAUCUUUGCCUGCCUACAUCAAUCUGCAAGGAGUUGCAGAAAAGCCUCAUGUUCAUCGAGCCGAGAUGAAACCAGACAGAGGGUCAAGUUUACAGAUGACCGUGUCUGCAAGAGUCACCUUCUGGACUGCUGCCCCCAUGACAUCCUGGCCGGGACGCGCAUGGAUUUGGGAGAAUGUACCAAAAUCCACGACUUGGCCCUCCGAGCUGACUAUGAGAUUGCAAGUAAAGAGAGAGACCUGUUCUUUGAAUUGGACUUUGACUCAGGACCAGGGCCCCGAGCUCUGUGUGGGUCUCCGCUUCUGCCUUUUCUCUGCGGCAUUGUCGGAUCCUGUAGAGGGUGCAUCUCCUGUGUUCUGGAUCUGGCCAUGGACCAUCUGGAGUCCUUCAUUGCUGAGUGUGACCGCAGAACAGAGCUGGCCAAGAAGCGGCUGGCAGAGACCCAGGAGGAGAUCAGCGCUGAGGUUGCGGCCAAGGCUGAGAAGGUGCACGAGUUGAAUGAAGAGAUAGGGAAGCUGCUGGCGAAGGCGGAGCAGCUGGGCGCUGAGGGCAAUGUGGAGGAGUCGCAGAAGACCCUCAUGGAGGUGGAGAAGGUCCGCACCCGGAAGAAAGAAGCCGAGGAGGAGUACAGGAACUCCAUGCCUGCUUCCAGCUUCCAGCAGCAGAAGCUUCGUGUAUGUGAGGUCUGCUCAGCCUACUUGGGUCUCCAUGACAAUGACCGGCGCCUCGCCGACCACUUCGGGGGCAAGUUACACUUGGGCUUCAUUCAGAUCCGGGAGAAGCUGGACCAGCUGCGGAAAACUGUGGCUGAGAAGCAGGAGAAGAGAAACCAGGACCGCCUCAGGCGGCGGGAAGAACGGGAACGUGAGGAGAGACUGAGCAGGCGGUCUGGAUCGAGGACCAGAGACCGCAGGAGGUCUCGCUCUCGGGACCGGCGAAGGAGGCGGUCAAGGUCAGCCUCCAGAGAGCGGCGGAAAUCCUCGAGAUCUAGGUCCCGAGACAGACACCGGCGACACCGCAGCCGGUCCAGAAGCCACAGCCGGGGCCACCGCCGGGCCUCCAGAGACCGCAGCUCGAGACACAAGUUCUCCCGAGAAGGAGCAGCCCGAGAGGAAUCUUGGGGGCGGAGUGAGAGAGGCCCCUUCGACUGGAGGCUGGAGGGCCCGAACGGAAGGUCUGAAGAGAAAGAGGCAGGCGAGAUUUGAGCCACUGGUCACCUGCUGACAGUCGGGCGAAGGGACACUCAGCAGCCUGCAGCCUUUUGUCGUUCACUCUGUGUUGUUCAGGAGUGUGUGCUGGCUCCCAGAGGCACAGGUGCUCCUGUGUCUGGAUCGUGUUGAGUAGGAAUAAAUCAACCGCUGCCUCCUCGCAGCCCACUCAUCGGGA